UCACUCUCGGAGAGCAGCUCUUCUGUUCUCUCUCUCUCUUUCUCUUUCUCUCUUUCUUUAACUUUUAAAAAAGAAACCCGGCAGCAUGGAAGACACCUCCACCACUCCGCCGGUCCGGCGGCUCGUGCCCACCACGGCCGCAGCUCAGCCUGCACGCGCACCCGCACCCGAUGACCCUCGGUAGCUGGAGUAGUCCUGGAGGAAAAGGUCCACACUCGGCGUGAGGAGACUUUGGCCCCGCCCCCUCCCCUUCGUCCUCCUCUCCUCUUCCCCCCCCGACUGGCACAGAGUCUGAGAGCGAGCGAGGGAACGUGGGAAAGACGAUGUACCAAAUGCUGCUUCUCUCCUCCUUCGUCCUUCACGUGAUGUGCACUCCGCACUUCUUCGCUCACCCCGGGAGGAGGGUGUGUGGCCGAGAGCCCCGUCACAGCGUCGCCACGGCAACGGAGUCGUACGUCCGGCCGGUGCACAAGCCCUACAUCACCCUGUGCCGGGGGCACCGCCUCUGCAGCACCUACAAGACCGUGUACUCGGUGGCCUACCGGCAGGUGACCCGGGCGGCCCCUCCCCCGGCCUCCGGGUGCUGCCCCGGCUGGCGGAGACUUCACUCUCCCGACUGCAACCAAGCCGUGUGUGGACAACCCUGUGUGAACGGAGGAGCCUGCUUCAGACCCAACCAGUGUGCCUGCCCGCUGGGCUGGAAGGGCCCCGAUUGCCAAAUAGAUGUGGACGAGUGUGCCGAGCGGCGGCCUUGCGCCCAGAUGUGCCUGAACGCGGCGGGCAGCUAUCGAUGUGCGUGCAGAGACGGCUUCAAGCUCGCCGGAGACGGACGCUCCUGUCAAGACCUUCCUCCUCCUCCUUCUCCUCUUCCUCCUCCCACCCAGACCAGCCAGGCAGCAACAUCUGGUGGUCCCACUGAUGCAGGUGGAGGCGGCUUCAGCCGGGCGGAGAACGUGACAGAGGAGGUGCAGAGCCUGAGGAGCAGAGUUGAGCUGCUGGAAAAGAAGCUGCAGCUGGUGUUGGCGCCCGUCAGCAGCUUCUUCCCGCCAUCGCCGGACGAGGGCUGGUCGGAGAGGACCAGCCUGCUGUCGCACUCCUUCAGGCAGCUGGACCGCAUCGACUCCCUCAGCGAGCAGAUCGGCUUCCUGGAGGAGCGCAUCGGCACUUGUUCUUGUCAGGAGAAUUAGCCACCGAACAAAAACGACCCCAGAAACAUCCAACGUCUCCAUGAAGUUAAAAACCUGCUGGAGAUCCUUGCGUCGCACCAAGAUGGCCGACCUGUGAGAGAAACCUUCAGCCGUGACGUCUCACUCCUCCCAGCAGCUUCAUGUGCCGUCAUCAUUGUCGAUUGUGUACCAGCGUCUGCACGACAUCAUCCCUGUGACAUCUGAAUCAAGCCAAGUGGGGGGUCAAAGGUCAAUGUGGCAGCUGUGUCCGGAAGGAGGGGGGGGCGGGGCAUGGACAUCUGUAUUUAUCUAUUUAAGUUAAGAUUACGUCGAUGGACAUUUUUUUACCUAGUUUUGUAACAUUUUUUGUAAUAAAAAGUCUUAAUCAAAAACACGUGCGUGCUUUAUGAAAGGAUUAUUAAAAGUUUACGAAUGUCCAAAAAGUC